CCCCAGCCGGCGACUGGGAGCAGCUCCAGCAGCUUCGGCCGCUGUGGCGCGGGCGGGGGACUUCUGCGCGGUAGAACGGUUGGGCCUGGAACCCAGCCUUGAGGACAUCCUGCGGCCCAAGGGCCAGUGACACCUGCUACGGGAGGCCCAGGAUGGUAGAGGCCGAGGACUCGACACAGCUGCGACUGCUCAACCUGGAGCUCCUGAGGCAGCUGUGGGCGGGGCAGGAUGCUGUACGGCAGUCAGUGGCCAAGGCAGCCUCAGAGUCAAGCCCAGAAUCCAGCAGCAGCUACAACUCAGAGGCUCCAUCGACCCCAGAGUCAUCCUCAACUUCCUCGGACACCUCCUACUCACGGGGCUCAUGCCCUGUGUGGCCCCCACCAGAUGCCUGCCAAGGGGACCCCUGCGAAGUGGCCAGCUUGAGGGUGGCCUCUCUCCCACCUGCCAAGUGCCAGCAUCAGGAGCCCCAGGGCCGACCGAGACCCCACUCAGCACCCUCGCUGAGCACCUCAAGCCUGAGGCACCCAGAGCCCUCAGUGGAGCUGGGUGAUCCGGGACCCCAGGAGGCACAGGCCCUAAAGUCCAUCCUGAGUCAACAGAGCAAGCUGUCCAAGCCCAGGGUGACCUUCUCUGAGGAGUCUGCAGUGCCUGAGAGGAGCUGGCGCCUCCGGCCGUACCUGGGCUAUGACUGGAUUGCAGGGUCUCUGGACACCCGCACUUCCAUCUUAAGCCAGCCUGAGGACUUCUUCUCGAAGCUGCAGGAGUUUCGGGAAACCAACAAGGAGGAGUGUAUCUGCAGCCACCCUGAACCCCAGUUCCUAGGCCUGCAUGAGAGCAGCGGCAGCUGCAGCAGUGUGGAGGAAGACCAUGAAUGUGUGUACUGUUACCGUGUCAACCGGCGCCUGUUCCCGGUGCCUGUGGAUCCUGGCACCCCCUGCCGCCUCUGCAGGAUACCUCGGGACCAGCGGGGCUCUGGGACCCUGGUGCAGCCGGCACAGGUCAGGGUAAGCAUCCCCAUGUCGAUCCUGGACCCCCCGCACCGGUAUCUCAUCCACCGACGGAAGAGCUUUGACGCCUCAGACACGCUGGCUCUGCCCCGGCACUGCCUGCUGGGCUGGGACAUUCUCCCUCCGAAGUCCGAGAAAAGCUCAGCCCCCAAGAGCCUGGACCUCUGGUCGUCUGUCUCCACUGAGGCCCAGCACCAGAAGCUGUCAGGCACCAGCCCUUUUCGCCCGGUCUUGCCAAUGCAGGUGCCGCCCCCAACCCCGAUCUGGUCAGUGCUCCAGGUCUCUCAGCCCCACAUCCCGUGGCAGAAGCCCUAAGGACUGACCCCUGGAGGAGGACAGCAUUCCCACCGCCUCCAGCCUGUCCCCUCUGGCAGGCACACCCAGGAGAUGGAAGCCCCUGUCCACCAGCUCAGACCCCGCUGUCCUAGGUUGGGCUGGUCGGUUGGCUCAGGCUUGUCUGCCGCCUGGGGUCCAGAGAGGGAGGACCCUGAGGUGGAGGGUGAGAGAAUUCUGUAGAAGUUUGUAAAUAAAGCUCAGCGCUCUGCA